AUGACCCGCCGGAGCCUGUGGGACGUGUCGGAGGCCAACGUCGAGGAUGGAGACGUCCGCAUCAACGUAGGGGGCUUCAAGGGGCGGCUGCGCUCGCACACGCUGCUGCGCUUCCCGGAGACGCGCCUGGGCCGCCUGCUGCUCUGCCACUCGCGCGAGGCCAUCCUGGAGCUCUGCGACGACUACGACGACGUCCAGCGCGAGUUCUACUUCGACCGCAACCCCGAGCUCUUCCCCUACGUGCUGCACUUCUACCGCACCGGCCGGCUGCACGUCAUGGCCGAGCUGUGCGUCUUCUCCUUCAGCCAGGAGAUCGAGUACUGGGGCAUCAACGAGUUCUUCAUCGACUCCUGCUGCAGCUACAGCUACCACGGCCGCAAAGUGGAGCCCGCGCAGGAGAAGUGGGAGGAGCAGAGCGACCAGGAGAGCACCUCGUCCUCCUUUGACGAGAUCCUGGCCUUCUACAACGACGCCUCCAAGUUCGAGGGGCAGCCCCUGGGCAACUUCCGGCGGCGGCUGUGGCUGGCGCUGGACAACCCGGGCUACUCGGUGCUGAGCCGGGUCUUCAGCAUCCUGUCCAUCCUGGUGGUACUGGGGUCCAUCAUCACCAUGUGCCUCAACAGCCUGCCGGACUUCCAGGUCCCCGACAGUCAGGGCAACCCUGGCGAGGACCCCAGGUUCGAAAUCGUGGAGCACUUCGGCAUCGCCUGGUUCACGUUCGAGCUGCUGGCCAGGUUCGCGGUGGCCCCCGACUUCCUCAAGUUUUUCAAGAAUGCCCUCAACCUGAUCGACCUCAUGUCCAUCGUCCCCUUUUACAUCACUCUGGUGGUGAACCUGGUGGUGGAGAGCACGCCGACCUUGGCCAACUUGGGCCGAGUGGCCCAGGUCCUGAGGCUGAUGCGGAUUUUCCGCAUCUUAAAGCUGGCCAGGCACUCCACGGGCCUCCGCUCCCUGGGGGCCACCCUGAAAUACAGCUACAAGGAAGUGGGGCUGCUUUUGCUCUACCUCUCCGUGGGGAUUUCCAUUUUCUCCGUGGUGGCCUACACCAUCGAAAAGGAGGAGAACGAGGGCCUGGCCACCAUCCCCGCCUGCUGGUGGUGGGCCACCGUCAGCAUGACCACGGUGGGGUACGGGGACGUGGUCCCGGGAACCACGGCAGGGAAACUGACGGCCUCUGCCUGCAUCCUGGCAGGUAUCCUCGUGGUGGUGCUGCCCAUCACCUUGAUCUUCAACAAGUUCUCCCACUUCUAUCGGCGCCAAAAGCAACUUGAGAGCGCCAUGCGCAGCUGUGACUUUGGAGACGGAAUGAAGGAGGUCCCUUCCGUCAAUUUAAGGGACUACUAUGCCCAUAAAGUUAAAUCCCUCAUGGCGAGCCUGACAAACAUGAGCAGGAGCUCGCCAAGCGAAUUAAGUUUAAAUGAUUCCCUACAGUAG